GUUCUUGCAAAGCUUACAGAGCUGCAAAAAAUCGAGCCCAAAGAGCAGCGAGCGAAGGAGUUUCGAAGCCUUUUGCGCGACUGGCACCCAGACAAGAAUCCGGAGAAGAAGGACAUGGCAACAGCAGUAUUCCAAUUCCUUCAGAAGGGGAAGAGCUUGCUGAACCUCAAGUGA